AUGCCUCAUUACAGCGAGACAUCAUCCGAAGGUCCAGAAAUAGAUAUGGGGUGGGCCUACGCGGAUGCUACUUACGGGAUCCCGGAAAAAUGUUUCUGUGGGAAACAUAUGAAGCUUGAAACAUGUACCGGUGGUGCGAUGGGAUCAGCAGGGCACUUUCAGAUCCCUAACGACGGCUACUCGCACAUCAUUGAUCUUGGAUCAUCAGAAGUCCCUGUGUUUAGUACACAAACUUCUGAUGCUCCAAGUGGAGGAGUGAAGACACCGGCUCAAAGAAUAAAGUGGUCACCGAAGGAGGAUAUCAUCCUCAUCAAUUUGUGGCUGAAUACGAGUAAAGACCCGGUGGUUGGGAAUGAUCAGAAAGAUGCAGCCUUCUGGAAGUGCAUAAGCUACUACUACAACUCUUCACCGCAGCUUGCCGGUCAGCCAAAAAGGGAAAUAGGGCAAUGCAAGCAACGUUGGUGUAGGAUUAACGAUCAAGUCUGCAAGUUUGUGGGAUGCUAUGAAGCAGCUAUGAAAGAGAAGACCAGCGGCCAGAAUGAAAAUGAUGUCAUGAAAGCUGCUCAUGACAUCUUUUUCAAUGAUCACAGCUUCAAGUUUGGUCUAGAACAUGCAUGGCAGGAGUUAAGACAUGACCAGAAAUGGUGCAAAGCCUCUUCUCUCAAAGACAGUGCAAGCUCAAAAAGACAAAAGCUGGAUGAAGGCGGUUCGGCUCAGUCAUCAAACAAUGUGGAGGUAGUAGGCAAUGGAGAUGAUGCUGCAGGGUUGCGACGACCACCGGGUGUGAAAGCAGAAAAAGCAAAAGCCAAGAAGCUAAACAGCGGUAAAGAAGAAGGAAAGGCACUACUUAAGUUUCAGAACUUGUGGAGUAUUAGGCAACAAGGUUUGGAGAUGAAUGCACAGCUUGCUAAGAGUAAGCAACAAGAUUUGGAGCUGAAGGAUCCCUUGGCUACUGAAGGCUUCGAAGAGUGCUUUAUGUGGGACAAGGAGUUCUGGGGUCUUCUGUCACGAGAGUUGUAG